GGCGGGGAAUGAUCUAGCCCGGCUUGGGCCCGCCUCAUCGGCUGGGGGCGGAAGCCUCACCCCGGCUCUCCACCUUCCGCGAGAACCCUGGACCGAAGGCCAGGCCCUGCCCCGCUGGGCCGCUGGGCCUGGGCGCGCUCGGCACGGGCGGCAUCAUGAAACGUGAGGGGACGCUGCUCCUGCUCUCGGACCUGAGCGACUUCAGUGGCGCGGCCCGGCUCCGGGAGUUGUUGGCCGGGGACCCAGCCAUCCGAGUCCGCUGCAGCCCGGACGGCCGCCACCUGCUGCUGCUGCGACCCCCGGGGGCACCGGCUCCGCAGCUCCUCAUCGCGGUGCGCGGACCUGGCGCGGAGCUGGAGCGUGCCUGGCCGGCUGGCCAUCCCUCACCACUGGACGCCUUCUUCCUGCCGUGGCCGGCUCAGCCGGCACUGGUCCUGGUGUGGGAGAGUGGCCUAACCGAGGUGUGGGGCGCGGGAGUGGGCCCUGGCUGGCGGCUGCUGCAGAGUACCGAGUUAUGUCCGGGCGGCGGAGCCCGCGUGGUGGCCGUGGCAGCGCCCCGAGGCCGCCUGGUGUGGUGCGAGGAGUGUCAGACCGACGCUGAGGGCCGGCUAGGGCCACCUUCAGCUGCUUUCUGCCACUGCGUGUGCGUCCGGACCCUGGAGCCCAGCGGGGAGGCCGGCACCACCCUGGGCCGCAAACACAUCCUGCUGCACCACUGCCCGCCGUUUGGACUGCUGGCCUCCCGCAGGGAGCUCUUCCUGGUGCCUUCUCCUACCACUUGGCCUGGUGUGGCCCACAUUCUGCUCAUCUGGAGCCCAAGCAAAGGCAAGGUGAUAGUGGCUGCCCCAUGUCUUGGCCUCUCUCACAUUAAGAGCCUGAAUCCCAGCCGAGGGGAUACUUGGGACUUCCGGACCCUGCUCCAAGGCCUUCCUGGGCUGCUGUCCCCCAAGGAGCCAUUGGCUGUACAUACUUGGGCUCCAACCCUCCAGGGCCUGUUGUUGCUUGACUUCAGGGGCACCGUUAGCCUGGUGCAGCCCCACGGUUGUACCCGGGUUGUGGGUACUCUGCAGGAGGCACCUGUAGGCCUGGGGGAAUCUGCAGCACUGGGGACAUUUCACGGCACUCUGGCCUGUGUGCUGGGCUCCACCUUGGAACUUCUGGACAUGGGCAGCGGGCAGCUGCUGGAGAGAAAGGUCCUAAGUACAGACCAAGUGCAUUUGUUGGAGCCCCCAUCCCCUGGCGUGGAGGUUGAGGAAGAGCUGGAGGCUCAAGGGGGUCUUCGUUUGCUUUCAGCCUUGGGGCUGUUUCGAGUGGGCUGGGAAGCCCCACAGGGACUUGAGCUCCCUUCAGCCGAGGACCUGGUAUUUGAGGAGGCUUGUGAGUACUACCAGCGGCGGAGCCUAAGGGGUGCUCAGCUCACCCCAGAGGAGCUGAGACACAACAGUACAUUCCAGGCACCUCAGGCCCUGGCCUCCAUCCUCCAGGGCCACUUACCUCCAUCUACUCUGUUGACCACGCUAAGGGCCGAGCUUCGGGAUUACCGGGGAUUGGAGCAGCUCAAGGCCCAGCUGGUAGCUGGGGAUGAUGAAGAAGCUGGCUGGACUGAACUGGCAGAGCACGAAGUGGCACGCUUACUGAGGACCGAGUUGAUGGGAGACCAGCUGGCCCAGCUCAACACUAUUUUCCACACCCUUCCUACAGCAGCUUGGGGUGCCACCCACAGAGCCCUACAGCUCCAGCCAGAUGGGGAUGGCAGGCUGAGAUCCCAGGCCCCCCCUGAUGUGUGGAAGAAGGUGCUAGGGGGUACAGCAGCUAGAAAGGAAGCUUUCAAUGGGGUGCUACCCCCCUUUGAACUCAUGUGCCAGUGCCUUUGCCGACUGGAGCCCCAAUGGCUGCCACCUUUUGUGGAGCUGGCACAGCAGCAGGGUGGGCCAGGCUGGGGGGCAGGGGGCCCAGGGCUGCCCCUGUAUCGUCGAGCCCUGGCAGUACUAGGUGAGGAGGGGGCUAGACCGGAGGCACUGGAGCUAGAAUUGCUCUUGGGCAGUGGGCGGCCCAAAGCUGUCCUUCAGGCUGUGGGGCAGCUGGUGCAAAAGGAACAGUGGGAGCGGGCUCUGGAGGCCGGCCUGGCCCUUGGCCCCUCCAGCCCCCUGCUUCGAAGUGAGAUCUUCAAACUGCUAUUGGCGGAAUUUGCCCGGCACCGCCGGCUUGAUGCCCACUUCCCCCUCCUUUGCCGUCUGUGCCCACCAGACCUGGCUCCAGCUGAGCUCCUGCUUUUACUGUGGACACACCUGCAGGAUGAAUUAGGGCCUCCUGCCCCAUUCCCUGAGCCUGGGGCAGAGCCCCCUCUGACUGUGGGCUUGCUCAGAGCCCUGCUGGAGCAGACUGGGGCUCAAGGACAGCCCUCAGGCCCAGUUUUAAGCCUGUAUGAGGACAUCCUAUGGGACCCGGGCACUCCACCCCCUACCCCACCACGGGGACCAACGACCACCCUCCAGAUACCAAACCAUCCAAGUGUGGAGGCCUGGACACCAUCUGGACAGGACCUCUGUGUGACUGACACGGGCUGAAAAUUGUUUAUAGGAUGCAGUUCAAGGGAUAGAUGCCUAGAUGUUGGGGGGACCUUGGGUGGGACCUCUGUGUGCAGUACUCUUCUCUCUUCUGGAACUAUUUUAAAUGUAUACACAUUAAUUAUA